AUGUUUAAAAAGGCAAUGGCAUUUAUUGCCUUAAUAGCCUUUGUGACUACAGUAAAAUGUGAAAUUACCAUAUAUAAUAGUGAACAACAACAGCUUGAUUUACAGUUUUCAGAUGCUCAAUCUGAUUUUGGAGCGGAUAUACCUUCAGAAGGCCUUAAAGGUUACAUUUUGCCUGCUAACCCUGAAGAUGGUUGUACUAAAAUUGAAUCUCCGCCCAAAAGUGGAAGUUGGUUUGCCCUAAUUAAGAGAGGAAAUUGUAAUUUUGGCGUAAAAGUGAGGAAUGCUCAAAAUAGCAACUAUACCUUAGCCAUUGUAUUCAAUGUCAACUCUAGUACGAUUGUGCCAAUGCACGGUGAAAAUUCAAGUGAUAUAGUGAUUCCGUCAGUUUUUGUUGGUGAUAGCACAGGGCUUAUGUUGAGAGACUACUAUGAUUAUACCAACAAAUUUUAUGUGAUUGUAGACAACAAUCAAUCCCCAUUUGAUAUAAACUUGAAUUUGUUGUUGCCAUUUGCUGUGAUUGUUGCGGUAUGUUUCUUCGCAAUGCUUGGGUUUAUGUUGAUUAAAUGGAUUAAAGAUCGAAGACGAGCAUUUAGACAUCGAUUACCUGCAUCUAUUCUUCGUAAAAUUCCGAUCUCAACUUUUGUGAAAGGUGAUCCAUAUGAUACUUGUGCCAUAUGUUUAGAUGAUUAUAUGGAUGGAGACAAACUAAGAAUUUUGCCUUGUGCUCAUGCUUAUCACUGUAAAUGUAUUGAUCCAUGGUUAACCCGAAACCGACGAUUUUGUCCUAUCUGUAAACGUCGUGUUUAUGGUAAUAACGAAGAUCUACAUGCUGUGGCAUAUUCUUCAGAUACCGAUAGUGAUGAGCAGCCCAAUGAUAGGACUCCAUUAGUUGCACCUACUAUGAAUAAUUCAAAUUCAUUGGGUGUUGGUACAUUCCGUAGUUUCAGAGGACGUGUAUUUACUCGUGGUAGAACUGCUAACACUGUUGAAGUGCAUGCUCCAGUUUUACCGUCAAUAAAUGUAGCUAACGCAGACUAUGAUACAGUUUCAUCUCAAACAGAUUCAUCAGACUCAAUGUUAUCAGAUUAUCUAAAUCUGUAUGAUCCACCACCAGCCCGCAUAGAGGUUUCAUCAUCCUUGUCAAAUUCAGAGAUUAGUUUGGCUCCAGAACUGAUGAACAACACAGAACCAAGUAGAUCAAAUAUGCAAAAUCAUAUUGUUUAA